GCCAAAUCAAAUUAUAUUUUUAUAGCGUAUCUUACUCAUGAUUUUGAUUCUUCGAAAAUUAAUAUCUUCGAAAAAUCACAAUAAUUAUGGUUCUGAAAACACCAUAUAAAAGCACAAACCCGAAACCCAAAAACCCAAACCAACACCUGCUUUUUUAGUCUUCAUUUUUCAAUCUUAUUGUGAAAAUGGAUCAAAUUAAGCACAAUUACAUCCAAGUUGACGGGUUGAAGCUCCAUGUAGCAGAACUAGGGUCAGAAUCAUUGCCCGUGGUGCUUCUCCUUCACGGAUUUCCUGAGAUAUGGUAUACAUGGCGCCAUCAGAUGGUUGCUGUUGCAAAGGCCGGUUUCAGAGUCAUUGCACCGGAGUACAGAGGUUACGGACUAUCUGACAUCCCUGUGGAACCCGAGAAGACAUCAUUCGCUAAUUUGGUUACAGAUACGGCCAUUAUCCUAGCUUCUCUUGCCGUAUCUAAGGUAUUCGUGAUUGGUAAAGAUUUUGGAGGAAUGGUUGGGUACAUAUUUGCCAUUUUCUUUCCAGAGAAAGUUGCAGGAAUUGUAACAAUUGGUGUGCCAUAUAUGCCCCCUCAAGCUUUGCAGCAACUUCAAACCCUCCCUGAAGGUUUUUACAUGCGAAGAUGGCAGGAGCCUGGAAGAGCUGAAGCUGAUUUCGGCCGAUUUGAUGCUAAAACAGUGGUGAGAAAAAUCUAUAUUUUGUUCAGUAGUAGUGAGGUACCUAUAGCUGAUGAAAACCAAGAGAUAAUGGACAUGAUGGAAUCAUCGGCUCCUCUUCCCCCUUGGUUUACGGAGGAGGAUCUUGAGAUUUAUGGUGCUUCGUAUGAGAAGACUGGAUUUUUAACUGCACUCCAAGUUCCUUACAGGUCAUUAUCGGAGAGAGUUGAACCUCCAAACCAGGACCCGAAUGAUCUGAGAAUUGAAGCUCCAGCACUGUUCAUCACAGGCAAACAAGAUUUCUUUUUCAACAUCCCUGGAAUGGAGGAAUACUUACAGAACGGAGCCAAGAAAUACGUACCAAACUUGGAAAUCGUAUACUUACCCGAAGGUUCUCAUUUUGUUCAGGAACAAUUUCCCGACAAAGUGAAUCAACUUCUACUCGGUUUUCUGAAACACAACAAAUAUUAGUAAUGUCGAUAAAUUUACCAAAUAAUUAAAAUAAUUCCAACCAUAAAUUACUUAUUUUAGGUUAGGUUUCAAUGAUGUAAUAAAUGUCAUCAAGCUUUCAACUUCAAUUUGUUGCGUAAUAAAUUGUUGAACUACUCUAUUUAUUGUAA